GGCCCGGCCGCUGAGGGACUCCUCUGGGGAACUCGCCUUUCUCGUAGAAGGCGGGGCUGGCCUGGGUUCGCUAUCUCGCUGCAGCUGUUUCCUCGGUUGUCGAAACUUUGGUUUAAAAGCUGUCAGUUAAACGGGCGGAGGGGCGGGGCGGGGCGCGCGGGGCAUCAUGGGGCGGGCGGAAGGAUACCGCGGCCCGGACGGACGCCCUGUGGGGGCGCUACGCCGUCACGCGCCGCCUCAGCGCUCCUCAGCCGCCGUGCCCCGUCGCGCGCCUCGUGGGGUGAGCGCAGCGCGAGCUCGGGGUUUUGCUCCGCUGCCACGUCGGGGAGGAAACGCUUUCGUUGGUUGUUGUGCUCGUUAGCGUCACAGAAUCACAGAACCGCGGGGGCUGGAAGGGGCUUCUGGAAGUCGUCAGCCCCCGCUAAAGCAGGUUCUCUGCGCCUCGCUGACUGCCUGCUGAAGGUGUGAUAGAAAUCCAGCCUCGUGGCUGUGCUAUGUGGUAGCAAAACGUUGUAGGAGGGAUUCCAGCGUGUGUACUCCCGAUGUCUGUAUUUAUAUAGGGAAACAGAUGCUUCUAAGUUAGCGACCAAAAGAUCCUGAAGGGCAAGGCACGCAUAUGGAAGUCUGGUGUGGUUACACAAAACAAGUUUUGUGUGAAUGGUGACCCUGGCAGCAGAAGGCUUGAGUUUUUCUAAAGCCUAAUCUUAGUUCUGAACUAGAAAACAGGGACUGUGAUUGCUUUGGGAUUUCCUGCCCCACUUCCUCCAGAAACCCUUUGCAGGUGUCUGCUUUAAAUGCUGAAGAACAGAUGAAGCGGUCACAGGUGUUAAAUACAGGAACAGGCCUUAACUAUGGACUUCAACCAAACCGACCCGAUUUCCUCAUGCACAAAUUUAAGCACUACAAUGCUAAAAAGGCACAUAAUGCAUGCUGGGGCUUUGUUUCAUGCUCCUGUUAUAAACACUGACACCUGCACCAAGUUGUGUUCACAGUGUGGUAGCUGCAGUAGGUUUUUCCUUGUUUCUAGGUACUGUGGUAACUCCCAGCAGCACUGUUAGUCCUAACGCAAGCAGGCACACAAAGCUCUGUGCAAACAGCAGUGAAAAAGUAACAUUUGGACAGCACCACAGCAACAUCUACAACGUUAAUAUUCUACAUAUGAUUUUAUAAUUCUACUGUUUGUGGAGCUGAUUUAAUGCUUGACUGCAAUACUUGUGGUGUCACUGCACACCUGUGAGUUGCUGCAUGCAAUACAGUGGUCAGGAAUGUAUUCACACCUGUAAGUUGCAGAGGGUCUCCUCAAGACUUCAACUAAACAGCAAUCAAUCAAUUAAGCUACAACUGCAGCCAAAUGGUGACUUAGUUAAGCUCAGGUUUGGGAUGCAUAGCAGACAUUGUAAUGCUUGCAUUUGAAGUACAGGUGUGUAUUUAGUUAGUUAACUAAGGAUAUAAAGCUGGGUAUUGACUACACUCAUUUUAAAGACAUGCUGAAGUCAUCAUGGUUUUAAUAUCAAAAUGUUGUUUCUCUCUGAGGGGAAGACAGUAUUUUUUAGUAAAUACUGAUUAGAUCAUGAGCUUUUCCUGACAAAAACAGAAGAGAGGAAAACAGAUUGUUCUUAAUGCAGCCAAAAGCAUGUUUUGCUUAUCAGAAUCUUGACUUCCAAGGACCCAACUAAUCAUAUUGGAAUUUGAGACUUAGGUGUGUUAGAAAAUGUAAAUCUAAUUUUCACUAGGAAAACAGUCUCUUCUUUGAAAUAUAACUUAUAUGCUGGACCUAUCCAUAGACAACUCAGUGUCAUUUCUCUAAUGAGUAAGCCCAGAAAGAGAAUAUUCUUUCUAGACCUCAAAAAGGGCUUCAAGAUGCUAAAGAUGCUCAGCAAGUCUGAAUGUCCUGUAUUAUCCCAGUACAACGCCAAAGUAUGUGGAGAGAGGAAAAGCUUUCUGAGAUCUUCCCAAAUCAGAAAAAGAUUUGGGAAAAUCAGAUCUUCAUGAAAUAGUGCUAGUUGUCAAGUGAAGUGAUCUAUUUUUUAAGGAGCAAAAAACCAUGACGUUGCUGUCUUUUUGUCUAUAAAAAAACUGUCUUUUUGCUGAAACCAACAAAAGAACAAACCCUACUCCCUAGCAGGAAUAAAAGUAAUUUCAAAUACAGGUCAAGCACAGAGUAUAUGCCUCUUUACUCAGAUGAUAGCUAAGGGCCUUACAAGUAUCAAGUAUUAUGAAGUGCCAUAUAAUUAUUGUGGCAGUGUUUGACUCUUAGCUUUGAAGAUGCUCGUUUUAAUGCACAUUGUACUAAAAUAGUCAAGCGUGUUUCAUGCUGCUGGGAAAGAGUAAUUAAAAAAAAAUAAAUACAGAAAAGCAGGAUACCCUUAUCAUUGUUAGUAACAAAAGCCCUAAAUGUUGGCCAAUUAUUUUACCUCAAAUUUUAAUACCAUGAACAUCAUAUACUACUGCAAAUAUACAUUUUCAUAAAGUACAGAUCUGUACCAUUUGUUAGGAGAUUUUAAGCACUAGAAAUCUUUGUGUUAAAGUUGUAAAAUGAAGAGGUUUUUUUUUGAAAUUUAUAGAAUUAUUUCCUGCCCCAAUUUUUUAAUUUAAAUUCACAGUUGCUUGCACUUUUUUUUUUUUAAUUUUUCCUUUUUGGCCUACAGAAAAUGUAACUUAGUUUUUGUGAAACUCAUAUCCCCAGCAAAGUUAGUUUUCUAAAUGUUCACUGACCACAUGUCAGACUUAUAGUAAAAAGUGUUAUUUUGUAACAAUUAUAUCUGCAUAGGCUAAAUUUAGAGAGCAUUUUUUAGCAGAGUAUAUUAGUGAACACUGAAAUUUUUUACGUUUUAACCUAUUCCUAAUAAGACUGAACUACCCAAUACCAAAAGGAACUGCCAACUUUGAGUAUUUUCAGUGUUUCACACAAAGCACAAGUCCAUUUCGUUGUGUUCACAGGAAGAUAAACUUUGCACAACAUAGUCUUACUUCUUGAAUGACAGCUAGUAAAUUCACUAUUCUGAAGUGAUGUCCUAAUUCUUACUGACUGAAUGUCACACAGCCUAGAUUUCCAAGAAAUGUGAAAACAUACCAACAUCGGGCAGUAGGUUGUUAUUGGAUAUUAUGCUGCUCAUUAACUACACUGAAUUCAAAGCUCAGCUGCUUAUUAAUGCUUAGUCAUCUUUUUUGUUAUUGUUGUUUAAAUAACUUUAGUCUGUACCAUACAGAUUAUUGUCUGUAUAAUUUGUUUUUGUGCAAUUGCUAUGUUGUUGGGUUUUGUUGGUUGGUUGGUUGGUUGGUUUUUUCCUUUAAGCAUUCGUUUAAUGCAUUUGAAUCUCAAUCCUGGGUAUUAUGUCCAAGCAGAGUUAAAUAGGAUGGCGGAAGACAAACAGAAAAAAAAAACAAACAGGAUAUCACUUACGGAUUUCAGGUUGGCCCAUUAUUACAGCCUGGUCUCCCACUCUUCCUGAGUUGGAAAACAGUUCUGCUGUUUGUGGUUGAGAACAAAAUUGAAGCAGAUCAGCUGUCAAGAAAUCACUAGGCCUCCAAAUUCAAACUCCUUCUGUCUAAUAGCAGGUAAAGAUCAAGUAUGGGAGAAAAGGGGCUGAAUCCAUAUUUUAUGUUUUAUUCAGUAUUUAUGCUGAUACUUGCAAAGCUUUAAAUGCAAAGGAAUCCUGUAAGGCUCACUUUAGCUGUAUUAGCGUAUUUGGACUUUGUACACCUGCUGACAUUUAAUGUUAAUCUGAGGUCAUCUUACAUUGUUGAUUUUCUGUUUGCGUUGAUGACCUCAAAUUGUAAUCAGCCAAAUAUUGCAUGAAGAAUGACGUUACUGGCAUAUGGGACAGCUGAUAAACUAGGUAUCUUAGUGCUGCCUUUGUACAUCAAUAUUAGUCAUUCUGUACUAAAUGUGUAUUCUUUACCCAGCACAUUAUGUUUUUGCCUAGCUGUAAGCUGGACAUUUUGUCCAGAAGGAUACCAUGAGAAAUAGCAUCAAAAGCUUUGCUGAAAUCCUACAGGUUUACAUCAGCUGGCUUCCCACGGUCAACUAACUUUAAUUAUCAUAGUCUCCUUUUAUGAUAAAGUUACCCACCUAGUUAUAUGUAUGAAGACGGAAAAAAGUCUAGAGGGCAAGGUACAUCAGAAGUGGUGAGGUCCCUUGGUUUGCACAGCUCCGAGCAGAGGAGUUGAGGGGAGCCCUCAUGGCGGCUGCAGCCCCUCACAGGGUGCGGAGGGGCAGCGCUGAGCUCUGCUCCCUGUGACAGAGUGCCAAGGGAACGGCAUGGAGCUGUGUCAGGGAAGGAAAGGGUGGGCAUUAGGAACAAGUUCUGCACCAGAGGUGGUCGGGCCCUGGAAAGGGCUGCCUAAGGCAGUGGUUGCAGCCCCAAGCUGCCAGAGUUCAAGGGGCUUUUGGAUAACCUUCAGACAGAGCAUUUGAAUUUUGGGUGGUUCUGUGUGGAGCCAGGAGUUGGACUUGAUGAUUUUGUGGGUCCCUUUCAACUCAGGAUAUUCUAUGAUUCAAUGAUUCUAACUAGGUGGGGUAUUUUAAAAAGUCCUUUUUGUUGUCCCCCACAUUAUUGGCCAGCUCCAUACAGUGCAGCUCUCUGUAGUCUUCUCAUGCUGUUGUCCUCCCAUGUCACCCCACCUUGCGUCAGGUGGCCACGUAUUUUAUUUUUCCACCUAAGCUUGAGGAGAUCCCUGCUCAGCCAAGCCAACCUUCUGCCCCACCUGCACGAUCUCUAACAUUAUGGAACUGCCUAUUCCUGUGCCCUUAGGAGGUGGCGUUUGAAAGGUUACCGGCGCUGAUGGAUCCCAAAGCCUUCAAAAGCAGUUUCCCAGGGCACCUUGCUAACCAGUUCCCUGCUCUCCCCACACCCAGGUUAAACGUUGGUGAGUUCUAUCACCAAAGACUUCCAGCUCGGCUACUUGAUGGUGGUCCCUUUGGCCAAGAUGGCUGCCGACAGUCUUCACCCACAGGACCCUCCCUGCUUACGAACAACAACUAAUCCAGAAGGACACGUUCCUCAUCAGCUCCCUCAGUGUCUGUACCAGAGGUUACCAUCUGUGUCCUUACGCUGGAAGCUGCUCUGCAAAGGAACGGCCGUGACUCAGCACGGGAAGGAAUAAGGACUGAAAAGCUCAGCUACGAAACAGGCCGUUGUUUUCAGCCCACCCGUUCUUUUUUUCUUAGACCUCCGCUGCCUUCGCUGGGCGGCGAUGUCGGCUCCUCCCUCCAGCAGGGCCCGGCCCCCACCGCCUCCCGCUCGCGGUUCGCCUCUCCUGACAGCAGGCGAGGGGCGGUGCCGGCAACACGCGAGGGGCGGCCCCGGUCCCGGCUCCGUGCAGGCUCUCGCCGACGCUCGCAGCCUCCGAGCGAGCCGUGAGCGCCGCCAUGAGCGCCGAUCCCAUUGUGUUCGUCGCGGCCGUCCGGACCGCCAUCGGUUCCUUCAACGGCGCGCUGUCCGCGCUGCCCGCUCACGAGCUGGGCGCCGCCGUCAUCCGCGAGGCGCUGCGGCGGGCCGGGCUGAGCCCCGAGGAGGUGUCGGAGGUGGUGCUGGGCCAGGUGCUAACCGCAGGUGCUGGCCAGAACCCAGCGCGGCAGGCGAGUGUUGGAGCAGGAAUCCCAUACUCAGUGCCGGCAUGGAGCUGUCAGAUGAUCUGUGGGUCUGGCCUGAAGGCUGUCUGUCUGGGGGCCCAGUCCAUAAUGACAGGAGACUCCAGUAUUGUGGUCGCAGGAGGCAUGGAAAGCAUGAGCAAGGCUCCUCAUGUGAUUCACAUGCGAGCUGGUGUGAAAAUGGGAGAGGCUUCCUUGCAGGAUACUAUAAUCCGGGAUGGCCUUACAGAUGCUUUUUAUCAGUAUCAUAUGGGUAUAACUGCUGAAAAUGUGGCCAAUCAGUGGCAAGUUAGCAGAGGGGAACAAGACCAACUUGCUUUACAGUCACAAAACAGGACAGAGGCAGCACAGAAAGCUGGCUAUUUUGUAAAAGAAAUUGUUCCUGUUCUUGUACCUUCCAAAAAAGGUCCUAUAGAAGUUAAAACAGAUGAAUACCCUCGACAUGGGAGCAACUUGGAAGCAAUGGCAAAGUUAAAGCCCUGUUUUCUGACCGAUGGAACUGGGACUGUAACAGCUGCUAAUGCUUCAGGUUUAAAUGAUGGAGCUGCAGCUGUGAUUCUAAUGAAGAAAUCUGAAGCUGCUAGGAGAGGUCUUAUGCCUAUGGCCCGGAUCGUAUCUUGGGCUCAGACGGGUAUAGAUCCAUCUAUAAUGGGAGUAGGGCCCAUUUCAGCAAUAAGGAAAGCUAUGAAACUAAUCAAGAAGGUGCUUUCCAGAACCACAUCUGAUGUGCUCGAGCCAGUAUUGCCUCUACUGAGAACACCUUGUGUCCAGUCCCCUGAGUGCUUCUAUUAUGAGAACCUCCUGUGGCACCAUGCUGCUUGCUAAUACAGAUGUAGCCCAUGGCAACCCUAGCUGAUUAUUUACUCAAACUGCUAUUGAAGUCAAUCAUGAGGAGAGCUCUCCUACAGCUGAUAAGGAUAUAUCUGCCUUAGUAUUCUUUUCUAGUUUUAUUUAUGCUGUGCAGACCUUAGUUUGUUAGUCUUUGAAACGUCCUGGUAAUGCAGAAGCCUAGUCUGGUCACAUAGCCUCUGUAGCUUUUAAUGGGAAAGUGAUGGUCAUAAAGCUGAAGCAUUUUUUAAUCUGACAUGUUCUUCUAAAUCAGUGCCAUAAAUGCUGUUUCUAUUGUACACACGAUAGACAUUCUUAUUUUAAACUGUAGGAUAGACAACCACAGACAAGUACUUUGUUAAACCUAAAAUUCUAUAGGUACUCUGAAAAAGGGCACUUCUUAAUAUGAACUUUGUAAUAACGUGUGUUACCAAAUACUUCACACCCUCCCAAUGUGUUUGCAUCAGAACUUAGUACCAGUUUCUCUGCAGAGUGACUAAGCCAUGCUUUUUAGUGCUGCAAUGUAGUAAUUCUUAAAUAUACCACUUUCUCAGGAGGUUGGCUCUUUUACAGUGUGUAUCUAGUACAAAGGGGCACUCAUCCUUGACUCAGGAGAGAUGUGUCAGUCUGGUUGCAAAACAUCAUUGCUGCAAAUGAUUCUGCUGAUAAAGCAUUACUGUUAGAAACAGCCAGUGGAAGUAAAUAUUUAAAUACAUAGAACAUGCCUGAGCUUAUACCUAAGCAGGCAAUUACACCACAAGUUUCUCGUGUGAAAGCAUUAAUCAAACUGUCUUCUAAAGUGGCACCAUGAAAGCUUUGAGUAGCAGCUUCUCAAUAAAGGCAGGAGAGCAGAGCUAUUACCCCUGGUACCCAUCACUAAUGGUCAUUUCAGGAAUGAAACACCUGUACUCAAAAACUGUAUUAAGCAUUCAGAAUCUCUAAUGAAAUCAGAUUUGUUUGUAAAAACUUGCUUUUAAUCAGCUAAAACCUACAUUUGAAAAUGUUAUUUGUUCUGCUAAGGGCACCAUGUGCAGUUUGACUCCCUGCAAUUGUUAACAGCACCAAUAGCUGUGAAACAUUAACCUGGAUGUUAUACCAACAGUGAACAUGUUGGGAAUUUUUUUUUUUUUGCUGACACCAUGAUAUGAUGUCAGUUGUCCUCAAGAGAACCACAGCUAUGAAGAAAACUUUUUUUCCUUCAGCUUUUUAAUAGUGGUGAAUUUGUAUCACUGAUACAGGUCUCAUUAACAGCUUCCUCAGAUGCUU